UAGUGAAAAUGAAAAGUCUAAUUUUUGUGGUUCUUUUGUGUGUUUAUUUACAAGUCAGUUGUGUUGAAGCUGGUGGAGAUGUUAUUCCAUCAGAUAUAGCACCUCGUGAUAUGGACGGAAAUCCAGUUUCAUCACCAUACUUACCAAAUUGUGAAUUGAAUGCGUCUGGACAUCCAAUAAGAACAGUUUUUGGACUAUGUGAUUCGGGAAGAUGCUUGAAGACAAAGAUUAAGUUCAGAACUAAAGGCGAUAAAAUCUGUUGUUGUACAAAUUGGAACAAUCCAAUGCCAACAUCAUCUAGUUCCACGUUUGAUGUUGUUAGUCAACCUUAAAUUGUAGUUCUAAGUGCUGUU